AGUGCCUGAUCAGGAGCAGUUGAAGCCGUUGACGGGCGCUAGCGUUAAUCUCUUGUGGUUGUCGUGGCUACGCUGUGAAGUCCGCCGCCGUCGUUUCGCGUGGACUAGCAUUGUUUCUUUGUAGCACUGGAGCAAUCUGAUUCUUGUGCACUCAGCUCCUCCCAUCGCUGCGCAUGCGCAGUUGAACUCCUCACUCCAUUUUUUUUUCUGGUUUUCACUCCUACUCUGGCUUCCGGACGCCAAGACAGACCGCUGCCGCCGAAUUUAAAGAGACAGGAGGUAGUUAUUUUAAAUGCGAUAAACGGGAACCAUUGUCCCCUGGCUUAUUUUCCGACGCUUCUUGCUUUAGCUUGUUAAAUUCGAUGGCGCCGUUCAAUCAAAGUCGUAGCGAGUAGCAGCUUGUCUGUCAUCACCCUCCACUCUGCUGGAUUUUCCGAGCCUUUUCCGCGCUGAGCCGAGACUGUCCAACCAGGCAAAGUAGGGUUGCUCGCUGGCAGGCUGGCUUCCCGACCGAGAGGAAGGUUUGUCGGCUAGCCAACAACUGGAGGUAACACCGAAGCUCCCCUCUCAAGUUGUGCUAGAGGCUCCCGAGCCUCCUGUCGCCGGGAUAAUGGCGAAGAUUCAGACGCACAGCGCCGCGAAGCAAAUAAACCAAAUCCAAGACAAGCCUUACGUUAUAACACAAAAGCAAGUGCAGCAGCAGCACUUCCAGAAACUGAAGGUUGAAGAUGCCUUGUCAUAUUUGGACCAAGUCAAAAUUCGUUUUGCGAACGAUCCCGGCAUAUACAACAAGUUUCUUGACAUCAUGAAGGAGUUCAAGUCUCAGAGCAUCGACACACCAGGGGUGAUAAACCGUGUGUCACAACUCUUUCAUGGACACCCGGAUCUAGUCUUGGGCUUCAAUGCCUUUCUCCCACCGGGGUAUCGGAUAGAGGUUCCCAAGAAUGGGAUAGCCUUCCUUCAGUCUCCAUUCACUGCACAGGUAUCCCCGAGCCAGCAGGGAAAGAGCGUUGCCACCUCUGCAGUGCCCACAACCUCAGGUAGUACCUCUGCUACAAACAUCGAAGCCGGAUCUGCCCAGACGAGUGCAGCGAAGGUGGCCUCGUCAGAGUCGCUGUCUUCUCCAACCUCAGCAGGACCUCCAGAGCCUCCCAGCAGACUUUCUCUUCCCUUAAGUGGCAGAGAAAGCCAGAAUCAGGCAACCACCUCGUCUGUGUCCCCCCCUGCUUCAGAGACAAGCCCUGUAGAGUUUGACAGCGCCAUUAGUUACGUAAACAAGAUCAAAAACCGCUUUUUGGACCAUCCAGAGAUUUAUAGAGCCUUCCUAGAAAUUCUCCAUACAUAUCAGAAGGAGCAGUUGGAGGUGAAGGAGAUUCGAGGCACCCGAGGUAACAGUGGGAUGACAGAAGAUGAAGUGUUUUCCAAAGUUGCCAGUCUCUUCAAGGGACAAGAAGACCUGCUGGCUGAGUUUGGACAAUUCCUGCCUGAUGCCAAGAGAUCACUGUUCACUGGGAGCUCACUGACGGGAGGAAAGGAGCCCCUGAAAAGGCCGGAGGAUGAGGACGUGUUAACCAAACAGAACAAAAAGAGACCCAGGCCCAUACUACUGCAGCACGUCUCCCCACUGCUAAAGAAGAAAAUGAAAUAUUCCUGUACCAAAGAUCAGUCCUUUGCCUCAGUUGGAAAACAUGGAGUUUUAAGAGAAUUCUCUUUUUUUGAUAAGGUUCGCCGCCUGUUUAAGAGCCAGGAAGUGUAUGAGAACUUCCUGCGCUGCAUCGCCUUGUUUAACCAGGAGGUAGUUUCAGGAGCUGAGCUACUACAACUCGUCACUCCUUUCCUGGGGAAGUUUCCUGAACUGUACUCCCAGUUCAAGUCAUUUCUGGGGGACAAAGAACUCUCUCAUGUGGUGUCAGGACUGUCGGAUCGCUACAUGGAGGGGGGAGGGGGCCGGGAGGUAGAUUAUGCCUCCUGCAAGCGCCUGGGGUCCAGCUACAGAGCACUGCCCAAGACCUACCAACAGCCUAAAUGCAGUGGACGCACUGCCCUGUGCAAGGAGGUGUUGAAUGACACCUGGGUGUCAUUCCCCUCCUGGUCAGAGGACUCAACCUUCGUCAGCUCCAAGAAGACUCCAUACGAGGAACAGCUGCAUCGUUGUGAGGAUGAAAGAUUUGAGUUGGACGUGGUUCUGGAGACAAACUUGGCCACUAUCAGGGUUCUCGAGAGUGUUCAGAAGAAGCUGUCCCGCCUUUCACCAGAGGACCAGGACCGAUUCAGACUAGAUGACUGCCUGGGUGGCACUUCUGAGGUCAUCCAGCGCCGUGCUGUGUAUCGUAUUUAUGGAGACAAAGCCCCCGAGAUCAUUGAAGGGCUGAAAAGAAGCCCUGCUACCGCUGUGCCUAUGGUGCUCAAGAGGUUAAAGGCCAAAGAGGAGGAGUGGAGAGAGGCCCAACAGGGUUUCAAUAAGAUAUGGAGGGAGCAGUAUGAGAAGGCCUACCUGAAGUCCCUUGAUCACCAAGGGGUCAACUUCAAACAGAAUGACAUGAAGGCCCUGCGGUCCAAGAGUCUUCUCAAUGAGAUCGAGAGUGUGUAUGAUGAGCGUCAGGAGCAAAACACAGAAGAAGGUGGAGUUGGUCAUCAGAGUCGUAAUGGAUCUGGCUCAGCCUCCUCCAGUGAACCUCAUAUGGUGUUUACAUAUGAGGACAAACAGAUUUUAGAGGAUGCUGCUUCACUCAUCAUCUACCAUGUAAAACGUCAGCCCACCAUCCACAAAGAUGACAAGGAUCACAUCAAGCGCAUCAUCCAGCACUUUGUCCCCGAUAUCUUUUUCUCCCGCCGCGGUGACCUCAGCGAUACCGAAGAGUGGACAGAUGAGGAGCCUGAGGCUGACGAGGGAGGGGAGAGAGGAGCUGCAGCAUCAGGAGGAAAUGGUAAUUCCAAUAAUGCAUCAGGAACAGCUGCAGCCACAGGAAGUCACUCUCAACCGGGCCAGCCGCAGUCCCAGAACCAGCCCCAACUUCAGCAACAGCUGAACGGUGAGUCAAGACGGAGGCGCGGCAGCCCAACCCAACCCACAGACACGGAGGCCUCUACCACCUCCAGUAGCACACCCCAGCCUGCAGGGACCGCCGCGUCCACCCCUGGAGCGACACCUAUGGAGACAGGUUCGGGUGCAGCUGUGGAAAAGGUGGAUUUGCGUGACCCAGAGGCAGAGCACCAGAAGGAGCUGGAUGGCGUCUACAAUCUUUUCUUCGUCAACAACAACUGGUAUUUCUUCUUGCGGCUGCACCAGACUCUGUGUUCGCGGCUGCUGCGUGUCUACCGACAGGCAGAGCGGCAGCUGCUGGAGCACCGGGCGGAGCAGAGCAGGGAGAGGCUGCUGAUGGCUGAGGGAAGAAGGGAAAAAGCCUGUGACCUCGCCAUGGAGCUGCGCCUCAAACAGCCAAGUGAGGUGGAGUUAGAGGAAUAUUACCCAGCCUUCCUGGACAUGGUGCGCAGUCUGCUGGAUGGCAACCUGGACUCCACACAGUACGAAGACACGCUGAGGGAGAUGUUCACCAUCCAUGCCUACAUUGGUUUCACGAUUGACAAGGUCAUCCACAACAUCAUUCGACAGCUUCAGCACCUUGUAAGUGAUGAGGUGUGUCUGCAAGUGGUCGAUCUUUAUCUGGCUGAGAGGAAGCGAGGAGCCGCCGGUGGAAAUCUGUCCUCCCAGUGCGUUCGAGCUGCUUGGGAGACAAGCUACCAGUGGAAGGCUGAGAGAGUGAUGGCUGAGGAGAACUGCUUCAAGGCGAUGUUUAUCCAAAGCAAGGGUCAUGUGACUAUGACAGUGGAGUUGCUGGACACUGAGGAGGCCCAGGCUGAUGACCCGCUAGAUGUACAGUGCCUGUCAACUUACAUGGAGCAGUUUGUCGGAACAGAGUCCAGUCUGUGUUCUCAAGCAGAAGGCUAUUUCUUCAAACCUGUAUUUUUGCCCAGGAACCUGCGACGUUUCCGCCGUUGGCAGGUGCGACAGGUGGAGGCCAUGCGCUGCAGGAGAGAGUGGCACCGCCAGCUGGGCGUGGAGAACGCCGGGAGCCUGGACUGUCGAUUUAAACUCAACACUCACAAAAUGGUGUUCGUCAUGAACUCUGAGGAUUACAUGUAUCGCAGAGGAGCACUUGUCAAGGCCAGGAAGUCUCAGCAAAGAGUGGCAGUGAACCAGCAUGAACGCUUUGACAAGUGGCAUCAGGGCUGGCUAGCCAAUCAUGUUACGGCCUCAGCUGAACGCUCUGUGCAGAACUGGCUCAUGGGAGAGGAGGAGGAAGACAUGAUCCCUUGCAAGACUACCUGCCUGUCGACUGAAGUGAAAGGGCAGACGGUCAAAAGAUACCAAGUUCAUUACAGCAGUAGCAAAGCCCCAGCCUCGCCUUAGAGGCCUGCAGAGUGAUGGACAUGCAGUAUGUGCCCACAAGACGCACACAGAGGUAAAUGCAUGGACUGAAAGGAGAUUCAUACACUAAAUGCAUACAGACAUCUGGAGUCUCACUCCUUCACAUGUUCACUCAUUCACUUUCACAAGAAACUGUCAGAGAAGCAGCGGGUGAGUGAAUGAGUGCACAGUGGGAGGAGUGGGGACGUGGGGAAAAGGACCUCCACAGACAUUGUUGUAAUCAAUGAGAGUGAACUCUGCCCUGAUUGACGGGACGAGUUGGACCCAACCGCACAAAGAUCCUUUGUAUCCUCUUCAUCAUUCGAACUUCUCUGGUGGCACUAAAUUUAAUGAGACUGAAGGACGGAGAUGGUUGAUCAGGUGAGAAGUUAAGACAUCAUGAAACUUGUUUCAGAAAUGUGAAUGUGUUUCUUUUUCUCCUUUUUCUCUUUUUGUUUUUUCUUCUUUUUUUAAGUCAAGUGUAGUUUUUAGCUUCUAAAGCCAGAGAGCCUUCUGCUUGCUUCUUGGUUGGAUUGUGCGUGUUUAUACAGAGGGAUAAUGGUAAAUGUGUGUAUGUGUGUGUACUGUUCUCUUCAUUUUGUCUGUUUGUAUGUCCGGUACAGACUCCACAACUCGAGUAAUUACAAUAUUACUGUAUGUGCAUAUAUAUAUAGAUAUAUAAACAGGGAUCCUGCGGUUUUAUAUAUGCAUCUACAUGAGUUAAUCGAUACAUCUAAAGAUCACAUGGUUCUUUCAAGUGUUUGCUGUCGGCCAACUAUUGAUGUUUGCAUUUUUAUUUUUGUAUUUUUCCAUUUUUUUGUGUUGUAGCUAAACAAAUUAUCAAGAAGCAACUAGGAAACCUUAAACUUAAUUGGUUUAUUAUUGAUGAAGCAGUCAUUAUGUAUCACAUUCAUGAUUUCACCCAAUGUUUACUUUGCCUCAUCAUUUUUUUUUUUGCAUACUGACAUUGAAAAUAAAAGCAAAAUAUCAGUGUUAAAAUAGAAUGUAUAACAUUUAUCCUGUAUCAGUUAUCACAAAAUAAACAACCUAGUUGUGAUUUU